CCGGAGGAGGGCUGCACCACCAGACCACACUCCACGCUCCCGAGCUCUCUCUCCAGCCAGCCACACCAGCGCAGGAGCUAGACGGUGACUCUCCCCUCUCAGGGUCAGUGCAACGGCAACCAUGGCGUUCACGCACCGGCACCUCGACCUCAUCCGCGCCCACCUCCUCGACGACCUCCACGCCGACGCCCUCGCCAGCAGCAGCGGCGACUCCGAUUCGAGCCCUUCGUCGCCGCCUGGGUGGCGGAGGCCGGCGCUCUCCGUGUCGCUGCCGCCGAAGCCGGCGAGGACGGUCCUUGAGCGGCAGCCUCAGCAGGAGAGCUGCGGCUACGUGGAGGGACAGGAGGAGUACGACGACGACUUCCGGCGGUACCGGGGCGUGCGGCUGCGGCCGUGGGGCAAGUUCGCGGCGGAGAUCCGGGACCCGGCGCGGAAGGGGGCGCGCGUGUGGCUCGGCACCUACGACGACGCCGUGGAGGCCGCGCGAGCCUACGACUGCGCCGCCUUCCGCCUCCGCGGGCCCAAGGCUAUCCUCAACUUCCCCAACGAGGUCGGCACCCAAUCCAUCCAAUGGACCUCGCCAGCUCCCCUCGCCGACACCAUCGCCGCCGUGCCCACCGGCGGCAAAAGGAUGAGGCCGGCACAGGAGGAGGAGCGCCUGAGGGUGGUGAAGAAGGAGAGGCUGCAGCUGAAAGAGGAUGAUGACGAGGGUGCUAUUGCCGCGAACUACAGCGCUGCAGGCGGGGGCGCGCCAGCGAGCUGGGACGGCGUGGCGGCGGCUAGAGACGCCGACAUCUGGGAGGGGCUGAAGGUGAUCUGCAGCCUGCCGCCCCUCUCGCCGCUGUCGCCGUACCCGCACUUCGCCUUCCCGCAGCUCUCGGUCGUCAACUGAGAGCAGAGCCGGCCGGGGCGCAGGUCGCUGGCCCGCUAGACCGGUCGACUGUCGUGUCGCAUGCAUGACAGGGGAGCGCCCUCUGGCUAACCCUGAAUUUGGUUAGAUCACAGGCCGUUCUUUGAUUAAUCUGUCAUCACUACGAUAAAUUCUUUCGUUCUUUCGUGACCCGUCGAACGACUCGACGUCGUAUCCUGUACAGACGAUCCAUGCAAACUAAACUAUGAAGCUGUUUUAAAAGACAUCUGAAGGACAUGGACA